GCGGCGCUGAGCCGGGCGGCGAGGAUGGUGCGGGGAGGGAGAAGUCCUGGCAGAGAUCUAGCGGCGGUGGAGCCUCCCUGUCCCCUGCCUCCCAACCUCCCUCCCGCGGGGCCGAGGCGCUGGGGAGCAUGAGGCGGCGGCGGGGACCUGUUGUGUAGGGGGAGGCGCGGGCAGGGAGGAUGAGGAGGACCUGCUCCCGAGGCGCUGGUGUCUGUCGGCGACCGGCCGUGCCCCGGGCUGCCACGGGCUCGGGAGAAUCCCUUGCUGUGGAGUGGUGACAGGGGAGCCCUGCGCCCCUAGGUCUGCGCGGAGCGGCGGCCGCUUCCCGCUGGACUGCGGCUUCAGGAAGAGGAGAGCUUCAAGUGUUCUUCGGAAGCUGGAGUUGCUGGUUCCUUACUUGCCUGUUUUUUUCUUUUUUUCUUUUUUUUUUUUUUCAUUUUCUUUUUUCUUUUUCCUCCCCUCCCCCCUUAAUGAUUUGUUUCGCGUGUCUCUCGAGGGAACGUCUUAGGAAUGGUCAUUUUUAGCAGUGGAAUCUGCUGCGCAAAGAAGGAUUAUAACAAAUCUCUAUGAAUGAUAGACUCGAUUGCUAAACCUUGCCUUGACCAACCUUCUGACCCUCGGAGAAAACUCUCAGGGUGUGCGUGGGAAGGAAAAAGCUUUCCCACUUGAAAAUAAACUUGAUAAAAAAAGACUUGAUUUUUUUUUUUUUUGAGAGCCUAACUGAUUUAUAAUUACUUUUUUUUUUUUUUUUUUUCUUUUUGUCCUGUUUUGUGAUAAGUUGUUUUAAAAGGAUUGUCCUACGUGGUUGUUUUGUAACUGGUGGAGGAAGGAAGGAUCCCUCUCAAGCGUUUCUGAUAUGACAGCUUUGGUUUCUGAAGAGUUAAGUGGUGUUUGCAUGAUACACCUAUUGCUAGUCUGGUAGCAGAGUUUUAUUUGCUUUUUUUUAUUAACUGGGGCUGGUGGAGAGGGCUCUCUUGGCCAGAAGAAUAUUUGCACAUACAUAUUUGUAUAUAUUUUUGGUGGGGUUCUCCCCACAUUUUACUCUUUCUUGAUGACUCCUGGAGGUGGUAGUGGGCCCAUGAAAGACUGUGAAUACAGUCAGAUCAGCACACACAGCUCUUCGUCUCCCAUGGAGUCUCCCCAUAAGAAAAAGAAAUCAGUUCCCAAGAGAAAAUGGGAGGUUUUUCCUGGAAGAAACAAGUUCUUCUGCAAUGGGAGGAUCAUGAUGGCUCGACAGACUGGAGUCUUCUACCUGACUCUUGUUCUCAUCUUGGUCACCAGUGGACUCUUCUUUGCAUUUGAUUGCCCAUAUUUGUCAGAGAAGAUUACGCCUGCUAUACCUGCAAUUGGUGGGAUUCUUUUCUUUUUCGUGAUGGGGACCCUGCUGCGUACUAGUUUCAGUGAUCCUGGUGUCCUCCCCCGCGCAACACCAGAUGAGGCAGCAGAUCUAGAGAGACAAAUAGGUAACACUGAAGAUAUAGCAAAUGGCUCCAGUUCAGGAGGAUAUCGCCCCCCUCCCAGAACAAAAGAAGUGAUCAUCAAUGGACAGACAGUGAAACUAAAAUAUUGUUUUACUUGCAAGAUUUUCCGCCCACCUCGUGCCUCACAUUGCAGCCUUUGUGAUAACUGCGUAGAACGGUUUGAUCACCACUGUCCCUGGGUAGGCAACUGUGUGGGGAAAAGAAACUACAGAUUUUUUUAUAUGUUUAUUUUAUCUCUGUCCUUUCUGACAGUCUUUAUAUUUGCAUUCGUUAUCACCCACGUCAUCCUUCGUUCUCAACAAACAGGGUUCCUCAAUGCUCUGAAGGACAGUCCUGCAAGUGUGCUGGAAGCUGUGGUGUGUUUUUUCUCAGUAUGGUCCAUUGUUGGCCUCUCAGGUUUUCAUACGUAUUUGAUCAGCUCCAAUCAAACAACAAAUGAAGAUAUUAAAGGAUCAUGGUCAAAUAAAAGAGGUAAAGAAAACUAUAAUCCCUACAGUUAUGGCAACAUCUUUACUAACUGCUGUGCUGCUCUCUGUGGGCCCCUCUCUCCAAGUUUAAUUGACAGAAGAGGAUUUAUACAGCCAGAUACACCACAAUUAGCAGGACCAUCAAAUGGCAUUACCAUGUACGGGGCCACACAAUCUCAGAGCAACAUGACAGAAGCAGAGUGGGACAGCAAAGAGGAUUGUUCCUGGAUUCAGCAUGAAGUGGUUUCAGAACGCUUCUAAUGAAACAAGAGGAGUUACUUCCGUACAGCAGCCCUUGUUUCUGCCCAAUUUGUUUGGGGAAAGGGUGAGCCAGUCCAUUACACACAGUGCAAGGGAAUGUCCUCUGUUCUGCCAGAGGAUGGCAAAAUAAAAAUUGCCUCAGACUGAACCCAUCUGUCACCACAGCAUGUUUUGCCCUCUCUGUAGCAAUGUGGUGAUAACAGUUCCUGAUCCCUCUGGCAUAUCGCCCUAAGGCAGGCAAGGAGAUUAACCUAAAUUUAGCAUGAUAUUGUUCAAAAAAUAACCCCUUCUCUCUCAAUUCUUUUUCCCUAACUAAGCAAUACCAUUCUGGUGAGUGGAGAAGGUAGGAAAGGGAAAUGCCUUUUUUGUAGGAUAGAGGCCUCCUAAAUUGCAGGAUACCAUCCAUCUUCUCAGGAUGCAUCUGACACUGAAUUUCCUCCAGAGGCUCGUGAAAAAGAGAUACUUUAUCAAACAUCCUGAACUUCACUCCUGUUUGGGUCUAAUUAUGCCAUUUGCUAGUCAGGAUGAUUCUGAGAUACUUAAAUAUGCUAAGAUACUAUGAAGUUCUUUGAAGGUCUUUUUGUAAAUUGUUUUGUAAUUAUGCAUAAAUCCAAUCUGAAGCAGAUGCAUACAGAUAAAGCAGUGAAGGUUGAUUAAAGGUAUGUAGGUCGUUAGAGUGAAAUUCAAAAUUUGUGUUGGUUUAUGUUCUUACUGCCUCUACAGGAUGCAACCUUGAUAGUUGCUACAUGAUCUAACAGAAAAAAAAUGUAUCUUGCCCAAGGAUAUGUGUUAAAUCUAUUUAUUCUGUUGUAAAUCUAACUAUAAUCUAAAUUAUAUAAAUUCUUACUAUGUAUAGUAAUUGCUGCUUCCUCCAAAAUAUUUGUGACAGGCAUCAUAGCAGCUAUCAGGGGCUGGCUUUUCCAAUAUUUCUGUGCUCUGAAUUUUCAGAUUCUUCUGAAAAAUUUCUCAUUUAAUGACUGCACAUAAGCUGAGCUUGUGUUUGUUUGGAGAUUUUAUACUAUGCUGUAAAAAGUAGUCAGGUAUUCCACACAGGUAACUUAUACAGAGCCAGUUCUGGAUUUACUUGUGUUCACUGGGUUAUUUUCUUCAGCAGGUCUGUCUGUAGGGGUGAGAGCACAAGGAACUUAGAGAAAAAAACAGGGGAGAGCCAACAUUGUUUUGAGGAUGAAGUUCAGCACUAACACGUGUAUGGGACACCAGCCCUCUGCCUUUGCCUUGCUCCAGUACAGGCUGCUUCGCAGAGACACGAUCUUGUCACUGUGUUUUUCAAGCUCUUCCUGAACCUCUUAUCACAUGGUCCUUAUUUGUGGUUAUUGCAUCAGAACAGUGUGAAUAGGCUCUGUUUGCUGAUGGGUGGAGGACUGAUUUGGCAGAAGAGCGUGAUUCACUUUGUGAAGAAAUCUGGCCAGCGAGUCAUUCGAGCACGCUUGUGCACACACACACACACACACACAGAGUGCAGCCCUAUCUGGGGAUGUUGUGUACAUAAAUAAUGAGCAGCAGAGGGGAUUAAACACCUGAUGACCCAUCAAGCUUAAAGAGCUGGGAGCAGGAAGUUGCCUAUAAUCCAGAGCAGAGCACGUGAUGAAAGAGCAGCAAAUUCAUGGUUUAGGAAUCCCUGAGUGGAUAAUUCAGUCUUUUCAGGCUGCAGUGAUGAAUCACUGAGGGUUUUUCUGGGUGUGAGCCCUCAGGUGAGGAGAUGCUGGCCACAGUGGAAGUGACCUCGACAACAAGCUCAGAUCAGAUCAGGGGCUGUUCUAAAGCAGAAAGGCAGUGGGCCAGCAACACAGAGCACACAGAGCUAGAGUUUAAUUGUAAGGUUAGGAUUAAAUAAUGAUUUGUCAAAAUUUAAGAGUACAGCUCUAUUACAUGUCUGAGGCCAGAUAGGUGCUCCACAAAUGUUAAUUAUACAUGCUGCCUUCAAAAGAAAAGUAAUUUGUGCUGUGGUGAAAUGAAGUUAUAAAGGUAGCAGUGACUGGAAAAAAACAUGAGAGAUUUCUCCCUUCUUUGUCACUGCAAAGCACUGAUGGAAAGACAUUCAGAUUUUGGGUUUGGAGACUUGUGAUUAAAUAUAACAUUGUUGUAGACCCAUCAAAACUAACAAAAAUACCUUAAGCAUGUAUUCAGUCAUAUUUCUGUGAUUACAGAAUGGUGUAUCUAUCUUAAAAUAUAGUAUUUGAACAAAACACCUGAGAAAUCUCAACACACUCCAGAAUUUUUGAAGUGCAUUUGGAGUUUUGACCAGGUAAGUUUGGGUAGCUGUGUGUACAUACUCAAUAGCUCUCUGUGAUAUUUUUUGGGUAUUCUGUAAAAUAGGUUAUCUUGUCAUGUGGUAAGUACCUUCAAAAAUCAGUUAUCAAAAAAGCAAAGAAGUAGAGACAAGCUAGCACAGCAAGCAAAACUACCUGUCCCUGCAUAAACAGUGCUCCUGUGCUCCAAGAGAACGGACGGACAGACAGACACCAGUGUAAUUGUAGUGAGGGCCGGCACCUUGCAGGCAUCAGCAUUGCUGGAGAUGAGGGUUUGGAUGUCACGAGUUUCCAUGACCUCAUUGCUCACAGAAGUUUGUUGUCUGGGCAGAACUGCUGUUGCUGCAGCAAGCCAACUCUCCCCCCGGCAAGGACUGGGUGAGGAGGGCAAUGAGGGGGAACUGCAUGAAAACUUGACAAAUCACUGCUGCUACACGUUGUUUUAGGAACUGUAAGAAUCAGGAAACACAAGACUUAGUCCUCUUCACCUCCCAGAUGGCCUUGUAGGAGAAUACACGGACAGCAACAACCCAAUUCUGCAGCCUUCUCCAAAUCUGGUGGGUCUAAGGGGCAAUCAAUUUAAAUUUUAUAGGAGGACAGCCCUGCCUGUUGGCAGGCAACAACUGCCUGCUCAUUGUACUGAGUCACGCUCCCUUCCACGAAAAGAGGUUAAUCUGUCUGCCCAGCCACAUCUCUGACUUGUGGCUCAACAUAAGGCUUGAUCCAAAGCUUGUCUACCGUCACUAAAGGGGUGUCUGUCAGCUUUGGUGAGACUAAAACUCUGUGAGGAUUCCCAGUAUAGAGAUAAAUCUGUGCAGGGGCUCUUGGGCUACAGAAGGGAACACAUAAUGUCUAGUUUUAAGAGGCAACGUGAAGAGUGUAGACUUGAGCAGAAUGUGGUGUUUGAGCAGUGUCAGUGCCAAUAGAUUGCUGAAUGGAGUUAAUUCAAGAAUUCCCUUGCUCACCAGGCUGUAAAGUCUCCAUUAAAAAAAAAAAAAAAACAACAAACCAACCAGCAAACACUUUAGCUUUAUUUAUGCUAUUAAGAAAAGCUGAAAAGAGAAUGAGGGGAAAAAAAAGAAGCUGUUUACAAUUUCCUGAAAUUUGAGACAAUGUAAAAUAUUGACUUGAUUUGCUAUUUAAGUGCUAAAAGAAGUUUCCUAUAGCCAAAAACAAUCUCUGCUUUUAUAAAUCCAAAUGUACACAUUCCGUCAGCUGAGGCAAAGCCAAAAGGAUUUGGAACGUGGCAGAAAGUUUUAUUAAUGAAUGAUUAGGAUUUAUCCUGCAAAUAAUAUUGCUUUGUUUUGAUCUGGCAUAGGUCAAAAAAGGAUCUGAGUUUUAGAAGCUUCUUCAAGAAAUCAUUACCAUAAACUUAAAAACACCCAUUGCACUUCAGAACAGGAAAAAUGGAAAUUAGCAUGCUGUGCUGACUGUGCCCUCCUCUAAUUCUCCCUCUUAGAGAUGGCCCUGGAUAAAAAGCUGCUGCCUCCCAUGCCAGCACCUGUUCUAGCAUUUCAAGUGUCAAGAGAGGAGCAGAUCUGCUCUGGGAGCAUCAUCUUUUGUGGGGAAAAAUUAUCUGCCAUGAGUCCAAAGAAAUGGCUGGAAGAGCGGAGCUGAUAGAGGGCACUUGGUGAGAUAGCUACAACUUGAUGGCUAAACCACUCUCUAAUCUGUUGGUCACUUUUACAGUAUUUUCCUCCCACUUACAAGUUCCACAGUCCCUGAGAAUAUGAAAUCCUAUAGAAACGUUUUCUUUGGGAGAUAUAUUAAUCCAAUAUUAUAAUAAAAUAUGACAUAAU